AUGUACUCGGAGAAGCCGGAGAAGGGAUCGUUACGAUCCGUAGCCUUUGCUGCAGUUGUCUUCAGCACUGUAGCCAUUGCUACAUGCUUGAUCACAUUCCCCUUGGUAUUCCACUAUGUUCAGACUUUGCAAGCUUCAAUUCAGGUAACAUUUGAGUGUAUUUUAGGUAACAAAAACUUGAUUUUUGUUUUUGAAUUAAUUUUUUUUUAAUAAUAAUUUUAAAAUUUUUUCAUAUUUUAAAGUCACAAAAUAACUACAAAAUCCUUUAGGGUGAAGUAGAAUACUGCCGUUCCCGCUCUCGUGAUCUCUGGAACGAGAUGUUGGAAGUCGGCUUUGAAGACGAGAUUCCAGUCGCUUCACCUGCGGCACUUCUCCUCAAGCGUGUAGCUCGUCAAUCGUCAUCGGAUGACGUGUGCUGCACUUGUCAACAAGGAGCUCCUGGACCUGAUGGUCCACCCGGUCCACCUGGUAAGGAUGGAGCUCCAGGAGAAGGACCUGGAGAGCCUGGACCACCAGGACCAGACGCUGAGUUGCAUGACAGAUUGUUGCCUAUUCCGCCACAAUGUCCAUGUCAAGCUCCGACUGGACAACCCGGACCUCCUGGACCACCAGGAAACGACGGACAGCCUGGCUCGCCAGGAAGAAGUAAGCUUUUUGUUCUAAUGGUACUACAGAUUAUCGUACAAAAUGAAAAAUAGUUUAAAGUUUGUUAACUAUAAGGUUAUCACACAAAAAAGAAUUUUUGUCCUAAAUUUUGUAUUUUAGACGGAGAAGACGGCAAAGAAGGACCACAAGGCCCACCCGGCCCACAAGGACCAAACGGUCAACCAGGACAGCCCGGCCAACGUGGUCCACCCGGAGAGCCAGGACAACUUAUUCCAGGCGAAGCUCAACAGCCAGGCCCACCAGGACAGCCCGGUCGUCCAGGUCCACCUGGCUCACCAGGACGUGCUGGUCCACCAGGCAAGGAUGGAGAACCAGGACCAACUGGACCACCCGGCGAAAAGGGUCAGAAGGGACCUCCAGGACCAAGCGGGCCAGCCGGACCACCAGGAAAGGCCGGUCAACCUGGUGCUCCAGGUACUUGCGACCACUGCCCUCCAGCCAGAUUGGCUCCUGGCUACUAA